UUAAUGACUGGGUUUAAUGUUUUUAAAUAUUUGAACUAGAUAUCUUCGGGCUGUAAAUAAAUAAAAACGUGAAAAUGGAGCAGGGACUGGAGAUGUCAGCUAUGAUCCCUGCUUUACAGGAGCUAGCCAGUGCUACGUCAGUGGAGUAUAACCAGGCUGUGCAGAAACCCAGACAGAUUUUGUGCCAGUUUAUAGACCGGAUCCUGACGGAUGUGGACGUUGUGGCGCUGGAGCUGAGUAAGAAGAGCAGUUCAGAACCGGCCUGUGUGAUGCUGCUGGAUUUCGUCCAGCACAUUAUUAAAUCCUCCUCGCUCAUGUUCAUCAGCCCGGCCUGUCAGUCCGAGCAGUUCAGAGACGUGGAGAGCGCCUGCAGCGAUUUCAGUAAGUGGAUCAUCACUCGUCUGCUGCGGAUCGCUGCCGCUCCUGAAUGCGGAGACCUUCAUGGAAAAAUCGCUGCUGUUAUCUGCUCCCUGCUCCACCUGUUCCGAGCCAAGAGCCCCGCCCUGUUCGGAUCUCUGGGCAGAGAGCUGAUAGGUUUAGCGCAGGAUUUGAGCGACCACUUGUCCGGUGUAGACCCAGCGCCGUGGCCUGUACUGGUGCAGCGCUUUCGCCUCGGUUCCUUCGAUCCUGUGGUGUAUCUCACCCCCUCUGUCCUCCAGCUCACCUCCAGCACCUCCGCCCAGGCCCUGCUGGCGACCGCACUGACUAUCCUCACCGACGUCCUCCAGGGAAUGUUCUUCCCCAGAGAGGUGGGGCAGAUCUGGGACGUCUCCUGCGCUCUUUUGAUACACGGCGGCCCCAGGUUAACGGGCGUAUCCAUGGCCGUGCUGAGGCUCAUCGUUAUUUUGGGUGGAUUCCCUGAAAGCCACGCCCAGGCGUUCUUCGCUGCCUACCUGUCGCUGCUGGACUCGGUGACGAGCCGCGCGGACGCUGAGGUGUGUACGUACGGCGCAGAGUUCCAGGCCCUCUCACAGUGUGUGUUCAGACGUGAGAAAGGUGCGCACAGACGCUUCGAGCGCGCUCACUUGGACCUGCUGAUGGAGAAGGUGCACGGCCUGAUGAUGGGCGGGGCUCUGGAGAGGGUGAGGGUGACGGAGGUGCGCACGACGCUGUGUGAGGUCUUCUGCUUCGUGCUGGAGUGCGUUCCGCUCGGGUACGAAUCCGCGGCGUCGAUACGGAAGAGCCGAGUGACUGACGUCUGCAAAACCAUGAUCAGCACCAUCGGAGCUCGAGCGCACCAGGAGUAUGUGGAGGGCUAUCUGAGUGCGGCUCUGAAGGCAGAAGCUCUGAUGAUUCUACAGGAGCUGCAGAGCGACGUGGGUGAUCUGGAGGAACCCAGUGGAUCUGACGAGGAGAUCCCAGCUAAAAGAUUACACCUCUCCCUCCUGCCCUCUCCAGCCGAGACUCUACCCAGUGAGGUGGACAUGAGGAGCAGGAGUGAGCUGUGGGCUGCUGUACACCAUCGCCUGGAGGAACUUCUCACCCAGCUGAGGGAACCGGACGUGACUCAGCAGUGUGUGUGUGUUCUACAGGGCGUGGUCAUCGUUCUCCGCCUCAGUGCGCUCUGCUCCGGUGCUCGGUGUGAGCUGAACCGUGGAGAUAAACCCACACACUCUCAGAAGCUGGUGUGGUUGAACCCCAGGACGUUGGUUCAGGUGGUGGAUCUGUGUCAGUCAGUGAUGGUGAGAGCCGGCGUGGAGGAUCUGGAGCCGCUGGUGGAGGGAACAGUCCGGAUCCUGGACGCCAUCGUGUACAUGACCAUUAACGCUCAGAUGGACGCCGGGCUGUACCGCAGUGUGUGUGGGUUGCUGUCGGUUCCCUGGGUAAACACACACUCUUCCAGUUCGGCCUAUCGGACUGCGGCUUUUCCUGAGAGCCUGACGGGAUUGGCGCAGGAGGUCGCCCCCGCUCACUCCGCUGAGACUCGAGCUCGCUGUGUGCUUCUCCUCGCUCUCCUCCCCAAGCAGACGGGUGCUGACUGGCGUAUAGCGGUUUAUCGCUCCACCCUACAGAGCGAGAGCGAGCUGGAGCGGGUCAGCGCAGUUAGAGGGUUACCCCUACUGCUUCAUCGGCUGGGUUCCAAAUCCUACAACGCCCUCCACAACACGCUCACGAACAGGUUGGCGGACUCCAGUACCCGGGUGAGGGUUGAGAUGGCGUCCGUCUGCGCCCCGCUGCUGUGCUGCCUGUCCGAAAGCUCGCAGCUCCACCUCCUACCUGAGGGGACGUGUUCCUCUCCCCCCGUGUUCCUCAGUGACCGGAUCAGACUGUCCGACUCCCACUCGCCCCGCCCGUCCUCCGUCGCUGCCACCGUCCUCACGCCCUUCCUCCAGCUGCUCCUACCCAGAGAGGAACCCGAGGUCAAACGAGCAUUUAUCGAGAACAUCCACCACCUUUGCCGGCACAUGGACGUGAGCAGCGGUGACGCCGAUUCCAGAUCUCUCCUGAGCACGCUCAUCAACCUUAUAGAGGAUCCACAUCUGGAUGUUCGACUGUCAUUCAGCCAGAACAUCAGGAACCUGCUGGAGAGCUGGAACGGAGACUCCUUCCUCAAAGAGCUGCUGGUGUCGCGACUGAAGGAGGCAUUUACCAACGCAAAAACAUCCAGGAGCAACGAUCUGAAGCACACUCUGAUCCUCACCACGGGGGAGAUCGGCAGGUUUGCGGAGGGUAGCUUGGUGUCGUUCUCUCUGCUGCGCCUGCUGCACUGUUUACUCUCCAAAUCCACUCAGGUGUCGGUCGUGGCUCACACCGAGAUUCAGGCUCUCGCUACAGCACGGAACCUCAAGCUACAGUCCUUCUUCAGUCAGUACCGGAACCCCGUCUGUCAGUUCCUGGUGGAGUCGCUACACUCCCGGCACGUGAUGGCGCUGCGCUGUACCCCCGAUCAGAGCAGCGAGGCGCUGCAGGAGGAGGCUGCUCACCAGAGAGAGCUCGCCCUGGACAUCCUCUCCCACGUAGCUCACGCGUUCGACUUCCCCGACCUCAACCGCUUCCUCAACCGCACCCUGCAGGUUCUCCUCCCGUACCUGGCGGCGAAAGCCAGCCCCACCGCGUCGGCUCUGAUCCGCACCAUCGCCAAGCAGCUCAACGUGAACCGGCGGGAAAUCCUCAUCAACAACUUCAAGUACAUCUUCUCUCAUCUGGUGUGUUCCUGCACCAAAGAGGAGCUGGAGAGAGCUUUGCAUUACCUCAAGAGCGAGACGGAGAUCGAGUUGGGCAGUUUGCUGCGUCAGGAUUUUCAGGGUCUUCACAACGAGCUGCUGCUGAGACUAGGAGAGAACUACCAGCAGGUCUUCAACGGCCUCUCCAUCCUCGCCUCCUUCGCCUCCAGCGACGAUCCGUACCAGGGACCCAAAGACAUCAACUCUCCAGAGCUCAUGGCGGAUUACCUGCAGCCGAAGCUCCUGGGCAUCCUGGCGUUCUUCAACAUGCAGCUGCUGAGCUCCAGCACUGGUGAGAAGGAGAAGAAGAAAAUGGCUCUGAACAGUUUGAUGGCUCUGAUGAAGCUGAUGGGUUCCAAGCACAUCAGCUCGGUGAGGGUGAAGAUGAUGACCACGCUGAGAACCGGCCUGAGAUAUAAAGAGGAUUUCCCUCAGCUCUGCUGCCAGACUUGGGACUGUUUCGUGCGCUCCUUGGAUUCGUCCUAUUUGGGGCCGUUAUUGAGCCACGUGAUCGUCGCUCUUCUGCCUCUGAUCUCCAUCCAGCCCAGAGAGACGGCCGUCAUCAUGCACUACCUCAUCGUGGAGAACAGAGUGGAGGUGGAGGACUUUCUUCAUGAAAUCUACUUCCUUCCUGACCACCCCGAGCUGAAGGACGUCCACAAGGUGCUGCAGGACUACAGAAAGCAAACGUCGAGGAGCUCAGAUCUGCAGGCGGCUCUGCAGCGCUCCAUGAGGGCCGUUCAGCACGAAAAUGUGGACGUCCGGAUCCACGCCCUCACCAGCCUGAAGGAGAUGCUGCACAAGAACCAGGCUGCGGUGUUGAGGUUGGUGCUGGACAGUGAGUUAGUGGAACCGGUUCUCUCCGAGUUGGUGACGGUGUUGUUGCUGGGGUGUCAGGAUGUGAACGCAGAGGCGCGGUUACUGUGUGGAGAGUGUUUGGGGGAACUGGGAGCCAUCGACCCCGGCCGACUGGACCUGAACACCUCACACACUCAGCGCAGCGGAGCCGUCUUCACCAGCGGGAUCGAGGAUCCAGAUUUUGCGUUCGGGUUGCUGACCGAGAUCACCAGAACUUUCUUGGCGUAUGCGGAUAACGUGAGAGCGCAGGACGCCGCGGCGUACGCCAUGCAGGAGCUGCUUUCUUUAUACGAGUGUCGGGAGGGACGGACGGACUCGCCCGGCCGCAGACUCUGGAGAAGAUUUCCAGAACAGGUUCAGGAGAUCCUCGAGCCGCAUCUCAACAGCAGAUAUAAAAGCUCUCAGAAGGUGGUGAACUGGUCCAAACUGACCAAGCCCAUCUACCUGAGUACCCGUGGCAGUAAGUUCUCGGACUGGUCCGCCACGUGGGCCGGAUAUCUCAUCAGCAAGGUGAGACACGAGCUCGCCAGCAAGGUCUUCAUCUGCUGCAGCUUCAUCAUCAAACACGACUACAGGGUGACCAUCUACCUGCUGCCGCACAUCCUGCUCUACGUCCUGCUGGGAUCCACGCCUGACGAGCAGCAGGAGGUGGUCGAGGAGAUCAUGGCGGUGCUGAAGGAGGACGAGCCGAGCUUAUCUCAGCUGGAGGAGAACGCCUCCAGUCUCACCCAGCUCAGCACUCAGACCGUCUUCUCCAUGAUGGACCACCUGACCCAGUGGGGGCGCCACCGACUCCAGACGCUCAGUACGGCCAAGAGUUCCGGCCGCCACAGCCGAGACACGCACCACCUGCUGGCCGGCGGUGUGGAGAACAGUGAGUAUCAGUGUGUGGUCUCCUUCCUGAACCGAAUUCCUCAGGACGUUCUGGCUAAAGCAUCGUUCCGCUCUAAAGCGUACACCAGAGCCGUCAUGCACUUCGAGUCCUUCAUCAGAGAGAAGAACCAGAGCAUCCAGGAUCACCUCUCCUUCCUACAGGCUCUGUACGCAGCGAUGCACGAGCCGGAUGGAGUUAGAGGAGUGAACGCUCUGAGGAAGGAGGAACCGUCACUCAGGGAGCAGAUAUUAGAACACGAGAGUAUCGGCCUGCUGAGAGAAUCUACAGCCUGCUACGAUCGAGCCAUUCAGCUAGAACCUGAUCAGAUCAUACAUUACCAUGGGGUGAUGAAUUCCAUGCUGGGACUCGGGCAGCUCUCCACCGUGAUGACGCAGGUUAAUGGAGUUCUAGCCAACAGACCUGGUUGGAAGUCGGAUCUGAAUGCGUAUCGAGUGGAGGCGGCGUGGAAGCUCUCUCAGUGGGAUUUACUGGAUGAUUAUUUAGCCUCUGAUAAUAAAUCCAACACGUGGGGGGUGAGACUGGGGCAGCUGCUGCUCUCGGCUAAGAAGCAGGACUCGGACGCUCUCUGUGAGAGGUUGAAGUUGACCAGGAAGGAGCAGGUGGUUCCUCUGUCGGCCGCCAGCUUCGAGUGUGGAACCUACCAGAGAGGAUACGAGUACAUCGUCAGGUUGCACAUGCUCAGUGAGAUGGAGCACGCGUUCACCCAGCUGCAGAAGGAGGACGGAGGGGUGAAGAUGAACCAGCUCAUGCUGAACUGGGACGCUCGGCUGCUCAUGACCCAAAACUCAUUCCGUGCUAAAGAACCCGUCCUGGCUCUCCGCCGGGCCCUGCUCAGCCUGCGCAAGGGGACUGAAUGUGAGGAGCAGGUCGGUCAGUGCUGGCUCCAGAGCACUCGAGUGGCUCGACGCGCCGGUCAUCAUCAAACUGCCUUCAACGCCUUACUGAACGCCGAGAACUCUCACCUGUCCGAACUGUUUGUGGAAAAAGCCAAGUGGCUCUGGUCCAAGGGCGAUGUGCACCAGGCUCUGAUUAUCCUACAGAAAGGAGUGAAGCAGUGCUUCCCUGAGGAUCAACUCCUCACCGACCCUAAACGGAUCCAGAUUAAAGGGAAAGCUCUGCUGCUGGUGGGUCGCUACAUGGAGGAAACCGCCAACUCGGAGAGCAACGCCAUCAUGAAGAUCUACAGAGACGUCACCACUCUGUUACCUGAAUGGGAGGACGGGAACUUUUACCUGGCCAAGUAUUACGAUAAACUCAUGCCCAUGGUGACGGAUAACAAAAUGGAGAAGCAGGGCAACGUCAUCCGCUACAUCGUCACUUAUUUCGGAAAAGCUCUUCAGUUCGGUAAUCAGUACAUUUAUCAGGCCAUGCCCCGCAUGCUCACGCUCUGGCUGGACUUUGGCGCCAAGGUGUACGAAGUAGAGAAAGCCGGCCGCUCGGAUCGGGUGCAGAUGAAAGCUGAUCUGAGUAAAAUCAACGCGGUGAUCAGCGAGCACACCGCCAGUCUCUCGCCGUACCAGUUCCUCACUGCGUUCUCGCAGCUCAUCUCCCGAAUCUGCCACUCCAACGACGAGGUGUUCGCCGUGCUCAUGGAGAUCAUCGCCAAGGUUUUCCUGGCCUAUCCACAGCAGGCCAUGUGGAUGAUGACCGCCGUCUCCAAGUCGUCCUACCCGACCCGUAUGAACCGGUGUAAGGAGAUCCUGAAGAAGGCCAUCAGCCUGAACAGCUCGUUCGGGAAAUUCAUCGGAGACGCGAACAGACUGACAGAUAAACUGGUGGAGCUCUGUAACAAACCGGUGGACGGGAACAGCUCUACCCUGAGCAUGAGCGUCCACUUUAAGAUGCUGAAGCGCUUGGUGGAGGAGACGAGCUUCAGUGAGAUCCUCAUCCCGUUACAGUCCGUCCUGAUCCCGACUCUGCCCUCCAGCGGGGGCGCCAACCCCAACCACGACGCCCUCCCCGGCCACUGGGUCUACUUAUCCGGAUUCGAUGACAAUGUUGAGAUCUUGGCGUCGCUUCAGAAACCCAAGAAGAUCUCUCUGAAAGGAUCAGACGGGAAGUGUUACACCAUGAUGUGUAAACCUAAAGAUGAUCUGAGGAAGGACUGCAGGCUGAUGGAGUUCAACUGCCUCAUUAAUAAAUGUUUGAGGAAGGACGCCGAGUCCAGGCGCAGGGAUUUACACAUACGGACGUACGCCGUGAUUCCACUGAACGAGGAAUGUGGCAUCAUAGAGUGGGUAAACAACACGGCCGGCCUUCGCCACAUCCUCACCAAACUCUACAAGGAAAAAGGGAUCUAUCUGACGGGGAAGGAGCUUCGGAAGAUGAUUUUGCCCAAAACGGCGUCGCUUCAGGAGAAACUAAAGCUGCAUAAAGACGUGCUGUGUGCUCGACACCCUUCUGUCUUUCACGAGUGGUUCCUCAGGACGUUUCCUGACCCCACCUCAUGGUAUAACAGCAGAUCCGCUUACUGCCGCUCCACAGCUGUUAUGUCGAUGGUGGGUUACAUUUUGGGACUGGGGGAUCGGCACGGUGAGAACAUCCUGUUCGACUCCCAAACUGGCGAGUGUGUUCACGUCGACUUCAACUGCCUCUUCAACAAGGGAGAGACGUUUGACGUUCCUGAGGUGGUACCAUUCCGGCUGACUCAGAACAUGGUGCACGCGAUGGGGCCGAUGGGCACCGAGGGGCUUUUCAGACAGGCCUGUGAGGUGACCCUGCGACUGAUGAGGGACCAGCGAGAAUCGCUCAUGAGCGUGCUGAAGACGUUCCUCCAUGAUCCGUUGGUGGAGUGGAGUAAACCAGUAAAGGGUCCUUCAAAAACACAAGCCAACGAAUUUGGAGAAAUCGUCAACGAGAAGGCCAAAACCCACGUGUUGGAUAUUGAUCAGCGUCUGCAGGGAGUGAUAAAGAACAGGAACAAAGUGAUGGGACUGCCGCUGUCCAUCGAGGGACACGUUCACUACCUCAUUCAGGAGGCUACAGACGACAACCUGCUGUGCCUCAUGUACCUCGGCUGGGGGCCGUACCUCUAAAUACAGAAAUAAACAUACAGCUGACUUUUAUUUAUUUAGUUUAUUUGUAGGUUGAAAUAAUGUUGGUUAAUAUUAAUAACAGUUCAGGUAUGUAAGAACGUUUCUUGUUGUUUAUCGUUCAUGCACUUAGUCUUUUUGUUGAAACUGUGUAAAAACAUUGUUUGUAAAGAUGUUAACAUUUCUCCUGCUGUGUAGGUUUUUGUUUUGGCUUUAAAAGAUUUCUGAAACUU